GCGAGUUAUUUUUGUUUGUACGGAGACGGCGAAACACGAAGAAGAAGAAACAGCAAAAAUGGCUUCUCAGAGUUCUUCACUAUUUCUGGUCACCUUCUUCAUCUUCAUCUACGCUUCUUCAAUUUCAUCCUCUCUUCUCGCCAGAGCACAUGAACAUGACGGAGAUGAAGAGAUCAGAAGCGUUGGACGGAGAUUACUUCUAAGUUUCAAAGAAACUCCAAAAGGAAGUAAUAUCACCUUCGCUUGUUCUCCUUCAGGUCCUUGUGUUUCUUGCAAUUCCUCCGAAAAGAGAAAAGAGAAGUAUCGUUGUAGUGAAACUGGUUAUCGUAUUCCAUUUAAAUGUAAAGAGAUGAGAGAAGAAGUGGAUCCACACAAGAAAAAUGGAGAAGAAGAAACAAAAAAUGAUCAAUCGAACAAUGACGAAGAGGCAAAAACAAGGAAUCUGUUGGAUGAUUCACCGGCAACGAAAGUGAAGUCUCAGUCUUACAAAACUUAUCGAAGCUGUGUGCCUUCUGCAGAUGAAGAGAAGUUAUCAGUUCUUGGUUUUGAGUCGAUUAUGCUAGGACUGUUUUUUAUAAGCGGAGCUGCUAUAUACAUCAGAAAGAGACAGACAGUACCGAUGUUUGGGGUGUCAAGUGGAAGAUCAAAAAGCAAUUCUCGGUUUUAAAAGAACCCUUUCUCGGUAUGUAAAGCUUUCAUCUACUCACUCAGAAACAGAUUUAACACUUGCCAUUGUCUGUUGAAAAGACGAGAAUAUGCUUGAGUGUAUAGAAUAGCUUUAGGGGCUUUCAUAUAAUUGGGUGGGACUACUUGUUUCAUAUUUGACAAACAUCUUUGUCUUGAUAGUAUAAAUUUGCUUACCGUCUUUAGAGAAAACAUAUCGAUUACAAUGAAAUGAGGUCCUCACUUACCUUUA